UACUAAAUAACGGACGGGUUAUUCCUAGUUCAUAGUCAAACAGCCACUCUAUUUGACCACUAUCUCCACGGUUUGAAGACUCGAGGAUUGUACAGCUAUGCGCCGCACAAUACAAUCUGCCAUUGUUUAGUGCAGCUUUGCACGCGCUUGUGUUUACAGCAUUUCACGAGCAGCGCGUGGGAUAUUGAUUCCGUGUUGGAGACCUUUCGCUUUCACCAUGGCAAGCGACGCGCUCCACAGAUUUGUUAGCCUUUGUCGAUACCUACAGGAUCCCUGCCAUGUCGCCAGAUUCCAGCAGCUCUGCGGGGUCCGCGGGACAUUUUCUAAAAAACCAGCUGAGGCUGGCGAGAGUGACGAGGAGCUUGGGGUCAACGGUGCUUGCGUGGGGCAAUGUCAGGGAGACCCCGCGGCUAGUGGGGAUUCAGCACACGGACUUUCGGACCAAAGGCUGAGAAAAAGUUUAAAAGCUGCUGAAAAUGUUGAACAGGACGAGUGUUCCGCUGCUUUUCUCAACGGACCGUCGGGGCGAGACACAGAGAGGGACUCCAAAGGGACAGUGAAGCCUUUACGCAGGAACUCAUUGACUGGUGAUGUUGGCCAGGAGUUCAUAAUCGAGAACAAGUUUCUCUUCUAUCUCUUCACCAUCGGCACUGAGCUGGGCAAUGAGAUGUUCUUCAUCGUGUUCUUCCCCUUCUUGAUGUGGAACGUCGACCCUUAUGUGAGCCGGCAGCUGAUCGUGGUGUGGGCCUGGGUGCUGUUCCUCGGCCAGUCCACGAAAGAUCUGGUCCGGUGGACCCGUCCUGCAUCUCCUCCUGUGGUCAAAGUGGAGGUGUUCUACAACACGGAGUACAGCAUGCCCUCCACACACGCCAUGUCCGGCACCGCGCUGCCCUUCUGUCUGUUCCUGCUCACGUGCAGCCGGUGGCAGUAUCCAUUCAUGUUUGGAUUGAGCAUCGCUCUGUUCUGGAGUGUCCUCGUGUGCAUCAGCAGGAUUUAUAUGGGCAUGCACUCUGUCCUGGAGGUGAUCGCAGGCUUCCUCUACAGUGUGCUCAUCCUGGUGGUCCUUCAGCCCAUGCUGCAUGACAUCGACGCGUUCUACCUGUCCCACAGCUACGCCCCUCUGGUCGUUCUGCUUCUGCAUGUUGGCUUCAGCUUGGUGGCCUUCUCACUGGACUCAUGGAGCACCUCCCGUGGUGACACGGCCCAAGCAUUGGCCACAGCUGCCGGAGCCGCGUUGGCAUCCCGCCUGAACCACCAACUGGGUCUACAGCCAGAUCCCCCCGAAGAAGCUCUCCCGCUCACUCUGCCCCUGAUCGACGGGGCCUUAUUGACACGUUCCAUCAUGCGGCUCCUGGUGGGAGUGGCUGUGCUUCUAGCCGUCAGGGCUGCCAUGAAGGUGGUGGCAAUCCCUCUGGCAUGCAAGAUCUUCGGCGUGCCUUCGGAUGACGUGCGGAAGGCUAGACAACAUGCGCAUGUGGAACUCGCAUACCGGUUUAUGGUCUACGGCACUGUGGCUUACUGCUGCGUUUUCCUGGUGCCGCUUCUCUUUGGCUUCCUUGGCUUAUCCUGAAGAAAAUUCUUCCGUCCAGUCUUAUUAUUAUCUGGUUUUUAUCCAAAACAAAAAAAAAACUUUUGGUUGCAAACACGUAUGAUGUUCAUGAUUUCGAUAAUUUUCGGCUCCAUUACCAUGCUAAUUUAUUUCAUGUACAGGUUUUAUUAAACUGAUACAUUUGAACAGGGUUUUUGGCACAUUUGCUGCCAACGGUGGGUAAUCAGACAGCAUGAAAGUGAGUGCGUGUGAUGUCAUGAUCUUCAGAGGACCUGUUCAAAGCUCCUGCCUGUUUAUAGCCAUACAUAAAAAGGUUUCAAAUGUUUCCUGCAUUUGUCUUCAGUGUUUUUCCCUCAGCAGACUGACAUCCACCCAUCCUGGGCCCUUGUGCUUUCUCUUGCUCAGCACUACGCAGGAUUGUUUCUCGCUGUACAGACUUGGCUCAGUCUGCCGCCCUUCCCAUCUGUUUUCAUUCUUCUGAAGCAAACUGACAUGAGUGAACACCCUUGUCAGACAUUUGAAUCCUUGUAAUGGUUUUCUCUCAAGGGCUCGUUCUCAUAACAAGUAAAUUGCUGUUCUUCCUAGGGCUUGUUUCCUCUCUUGUGGGUCCAUUCCAGAUCAGUGCUGUGGCCCUAAUGGUUCAUUCAGUGGUUCAGGAAAGAAACUCCAAAAUCUGAGAGGUGUAGAAAGUUGUUCUUAUCUAAAAACAGGUUGAGCUCACUCCUCACAAUAAGCGGUAAUGCAUUGAGAGCACGAGGGGAGGGAAUUUCCUGUCAGUAUGAAUGCUGUAUACAUGGACUUCCAUUAGAUGUGUUGCUUUGAAACCCAAGCUAGGAAAAGACCAUUCUGAAUAUGAAUGCAGCUUAUCUUUAACUUUGUCUUUGUCUAUGUAUUAUUUAUAAACAUGUCAGAUAUGUUUUUAAAAUUUACUACAGGGAGUAAGAUUUUUGCAGCUCAGUACUCUGAGCAAAUUAGACAGUUUUAAUUUAAACAAAUAAUUAGUAGUGGAUUUUUGUAAUAUUCCUGUUAGUGUUUCUCAGUUAAUUUCUAGUUCUCCUUAAAGUGAUAGUUCUCCCAAAAAUCAAUGAUGACAGCUUUUUUAUUUUUGAGUGAAAUGUCUCUUUUAGUAACAGUAGGCUAAAUUGAGAUAUUAAAAUUCAGAGGUAUGGAGUACAGAUUGUGCUGCAGGUGUUCUGCAUGUCUCUACAUUUGACUGCGUUAAGACAUCCAUGUUGUCCCUUACUGUCAGCAGUUUGGAGGAGAUGCAGUGAAAUCCUCUUUCUAUAGGAACACACUCAGUGUGGCUUUAUUUAAAGGGGUCAUAUGAUGCUUUUUUAAAGAUCAUUAUUUUGUGUAUUUGGUGUAACAGAAUAUGCUGACAUGCUUAAUUGUUCAAAAAAUACUAUUUUUUCAGAUACUGUACAUUAUUGUAGGUCCUCUAAGCCCCACAUCUCUCAAACGCAUCGUUUUCUACAAAGCCCCUCCUUCCGACAAGCGCAGUCUGCUCUGAUUGGCCAACUGACCCAGUGCAUUGUGAUUGGCCAAACACCGCAAGCACUCAUCGGAAAUGUAACGCCCCUUUCCAUAAU